AAAAAAAAAAAACUAAAUGAAAAAUUAAAACUGUUGAAAAAAUUAUUUAAAAAAAAAUAUAAAUGAGUUCUGCUGGAUAUUUACAACUUCCGCAAUAUCAAACUUCAAAGAUGCCUACCUUGAAUAUUCUGCCAUACCAAUAUCCUCCUCAGCCAUCAUCUGUUGGUUCAAUCGGAUGUUCUACAGGCUCCGCAAGCAUCUCACCAACACAAUCUAUUCCCUCAACUGGAAAUGCAAGUCCUGAUGUCUCAACUUCAUCCACUUAUAGUUAUCCCGGAUUUCCUCAUUCUUUGGAUAUUUCAUCAAGACAAUCAAUGCACUUUUCCUACCCGCAAUAUCACGGAAACAGCUAUUACGAUCACAAUUCGUGGUUCACGCCAACCGAAACCGCAAAUCCCUUUUACCAAAGUUGGCAUCACAACGACACGUAUCACAACUUGAAGCUCGAGGAGUAUUCUUUACCGCCGCAAGUUGCACGUCGGUGUGCUCGUUGUACCUGCCCGAAUUGCAUUAAUGAGCUUUCGGGACUCCCGCCGGUUGUCGGACCCGAUGAAAAGGGAAAGCGGCAACAUUUGUGUCAUAUCCCGGGAUGCGAAAAGGUUUACGGCAAAACUUCUCAUUUGAAGGCGCAUUUGAGAUGGCAUACAGGAGAACGUCCUUUUUCUUGCAAAUGGUUAUUUUGUGGAAAACGCUUCACUCGUAGUGAUGAGUUGCAGAGACAUUUUCGAACUCAUACCGGAGAAAAAAGAUUCACGUGUCAAACGUGCAGUAAGAAAUUUAUGCGAAGCGAUCACUUGGCUAAGCACAUAAAAACGCACGAGAACAAAGUAAAACGUAGCAAUAAUAGCAAAUCGGGCGCCAAAGAAAGCAAAAAGAACGUCAAAGAAGACGAGCAGGUCGUUAGUGCCAGUGAUAUCGUAAUCAAGAAGGAAAAGGAGGACAUGUCGAGCUGUACAAUUGCGAAUAAUAACAAUAAUGAUAGGUCAAUUUGUGACAUAAAUGCAGAGAAGAAAAAUCAAGAGCAAUUUUUGGCACCAAAUUACACAUCUCCGUACACAUCCGCCGCAUAUUCGUCGAAUUUCCAAGCAGCAUCAUCCUCCCCUUCAAAUAAUCUGGGAACUAAUCACAACAAUAAUAACAAUUUUUCGCCACUUCUUACCGAAAGUGACACGAAAAAUAUGUUUCCCUCAUACAAUUCGUCCGCUUCAAUGUCGACAUCUUCGUUCAACAACACCUAUAAUCAGUCCCGGGCAUCGUUAAGUCCAUCCACGUAUGCGACAAACAGCAGCUUAAGUCAUAACAGUCAUUUCCUUUCGCCCGCUUCGGCAACAACGACAACAUCCGCCGCAGCAACGACGCCUCAAAACAGCUAUCACAGUUACUUUAACGACGCAAAUCCGUACUCGGCAACCCAUUAUCAGCAUCAUCAUGCGGCGCAUCACCAAACUAAAAGUCCGUAUCAUCAAACUCUCAAUAACAACUCUUAUUACAUGACAAAUAUCACAAUUAAUCAACUCAGUCCGUUGGCGAGCCCAAAUGCGACACGACCUCUCAAUAGCACGAAUCCAACCUCCUUCGCUGCGCCGUUACAUCUCUCAAGGUAG